UAUUCUCGUUCAAGAGAACGAGAGAAAAAAUCAUAUAAAAAUGAAAAUUCUUAUCGAGAAUAUAGAAAAACAUCUCGAAAUAGAAGAGAAAGAUCUAGAGAACGUUUAUCGAACAAUUAUAAUUAUAGGAAUAGCUAUGAUAAAAAUUUAUUUUAUAAUAUAAAUUAUAUUCAACAAUUUCCUAUUCCUAUUUAUUAUGGAAAUUUGCCACCAAGACCAAUAGUUAGACCUUGGGUUCCAAUGCGGGGCCAAGUACCAGGAUAUAGGCAUAUUGGUCCAUCAUUUCCACCGCAAUUUAUAACUCGAAAUAGAAAUCCACCUCCAAAUCCUAGUAUGUUAUGAAUUUAUAUUAAUGCACAUAAAGCGCUAUAUUUUUUGUUUUAUUUAGGAUUUAGACCUAUGUAUUAAUGAAAAAUACGAAAAUUUUAUAUAAUAAAAAGUUAAUGAUGCCAACAUAUUGAAUAAUGAGAUGACAUUUCACAAAAAAUAAAAAUUUGUCAUAGUAUAUAUCGAGAUUGGACAAUUAAUGGUUCGAGAGUCAAAUAACUUGUACACCUUUUGUUCAAAAGAAUUGUAAAAAAUUAAUAAAAAAUAUGAAAUUUUUUUAUAA